GAUGAGGAGCGGGAAGGCCUCUCUUGCCCUGGAGACCGUCUGGGAAGACAAGCACAGGUAUGAGGAGGCCGAGCGGCACUUCUAUGAGCAUGAGGCCACGCGAGCCGCCGCCUCUGCCGAGCAGCUCCCAGACGAGGCACCAGCUGUGAACGGGCCCGGCCAGGAGGAUGCUGAGGAUACCGAUGAGGCAGAGGCCCCCGACACCAGCAGCAGGACUGAUCCCAGGACAAGCUGCGAUGGCAAGAAGCCCCUGCAGAAGAAGAGGAAGCACUCCCCUAAGAGCUGGCUUGGCCACGCGGACCUGGCCCUUGUGGGCCUCUCAGCCGACCACGUGUGGCUAGACAAGUCUCUUUUCGACCAGGCAGAGAGCUCCUACCACCAGAGGCUAGCAGAUGCAGCCGCCCAGGCAGCCCAGCCGCCUGCUCUGGCCUCUUGGGGUCCCUGCACCCAUGGAAGCCAAGUGGCCUGCCACCAUGUGACCUGGGGGAUCUGGGUCAACAAGUCUUCCUUCGACCAGGCUGAGCGGGCUUUUGUAGAGUGGUCUCAGACUCUGCUGCUGGCCACAGAGGCAUGCAGCAGGCAAGGGACUCCUGACACAGGCCAGUGGGUAGCCACCCCCAACCUGGCCCUGGCUUGCCAGCCCAGCUCACCAGCCAACGGCCAGCCCCUGCUGGGCAGCCUGCAGGCGCUGGUGCAGGAGGUGUGGCUGGAGAAGCCCCGCUAUGAUGCGGCUGAGAGGGGCUUCUAUGAGGCCCUAUUUGAUGGUCACCCGCCUGGGAAGGUGCAUCUGCAGGAGCGAGCCAGCCAGGUUGAGGUCGCCCGGCGGGGCCGCAGAGAUCGGCGUGGCCGCAAUGCCAUAGGAAGCAAGCGGGCUGGGCCACGGCGGGCCGACGGGGGGGCUCCCUCUGCCUCACCCUACUGGUACUUCCUGCACAAGGAUGCGGAGGCUCCCUGGCUCAGCAAGCCCAGCUACGACAGUGCUGAGUGCCGCCACCAUGCUGCUGAGGCCCUGCGCGUGGCCUGGCGCCUCGAAGCCACCUCCCUGGCUCAUCGACCCAGUCCCCGGUCUGGCCCGUACAUGUCCAGCCUGAGACCCAACAGAAAAAUGGCUACAAACUUCUUAGUACACGAGAAGAUCUGGUUCGACAAGUUCAAAUACGAUGAUGCAGAAAGGAAAUUCUAUGAGCAGCUGAACGGGCCUGUGGCUGGCUCCUCCCGCCAGGAGAAUGGCGCCAGCGUGAUCCUCCGAGACAUUGCAAGAGCUAGAGAGAACAUCCAGAAAUCCCUGGCUGGAAGCUCAGGCCCCGGGGCCUCCAGCGGGCCUGGUGGCGACCACAGCGAGCUUGUUGUCAGGAUCGCCAGCCUGGAAGUGGAGAACCAGAACCUGCGAGGCGUGGUGCAAGACCUGCAGCAGGCCAUCUCCAAGCUGGAGGCCCGGCUGAGCCUGCUGGAGAAGAGCUCGCCCACCCACCGGGCCACAGCCCCACAGACCCAGCAUGUGUCUCCCAUGCGCCAAGUGGAGCCCCUGGCCAAGAAGGCAGCUACGCCAGCAGAGGACGAUGAGGACAAUGACAUCGACCUGUUUGGCAGUGAUGAGGAGGAGGAGAACAAGGAGGCGGCACGGCUGCGGGAGGAGAGGCUGCGGCAGUACGCAGAGAGGAAGGCCAGGAAGCCUGUGCUGGUGGCCAAGUCCUCCAUCCUCCUGGACGUCAAACCCUGGGAUGAUGAAACAGAUAUGGCCCAGCUGGAGGCCUGUGUGCGCUCCAUCCAGCUGGAUGGGCUAGUCUGGGGGGCCUCCAAGCUGGUGCCCGUGGGCUACGGCAUCCGAAAGCUGCAGAUCCAGUGUGUGGUGGAGGACGAUAAGGUGGGGACUGACUUGCUGGAAGAGGAGAUCACGAAGUUUGAGGAGCACGUGCAGAGUGUGGACAUUGCCGCUUUCAACAAGAUCUGAAACCCGAGCGUGAGCGUGUGUGUGCAGCCCUCUGGUGAUUAAAGACUGAGACUCUGGC